UACGUCUUUAUGUCGCGUGAAAGAUAGUAUAAAGAUUUCUUUCUGUUUUUGCUGCCAGAUGUUUUUAACCCCUUGUUAAUCUUAUUUCUCGCUUGAAAAGAUAAAAACUAUUGUUUGUUCAACCAUGUGAAGAAAUUUAUGAUAGGUAGCUGCUUCCUUCUUUACUCUGCUCAAUUGAGCAUUACUCUAAAGAGAUUAAGAUUAUUAGAUAAAGAUAACCGUAGUCGGUUGUUUUGAUAAAAAGAUUGAGAUGCUUGAAAUUUAGGAGCAAUGUGCAAAUCGCAGUUGAUUUUGUUAGUUUUGGUUUUUAUAAUAUCUGAAGUUAUUUGUUUUUACCACUCAUCUCGGUAUAAUGAACGAUAUCAAGGACCGUAUAGUUACAGAGGAAAUGUAGUAAUUCCAACCGAGAAGAGACAUUUUAAUACGCCAAAAUGGGUUGAUAUUUAUAAUAAGUUAAGUUCAGAUCGUAGACGAAAACAAGAUCAAUCUUUGCGUCGCCAUAGUAUGUAUGGAGAAAAUUAUAAACAGCGUUUUUCACAACAAAACAGAGCUUUUCUACCUAAAAUAAAAGCGGUGAUUGCCGUAAGAAAGACAAACAUUCCAAUGUUUCCACAACCACAACAAACUCCCGCGUAUUUAUACGAUAAACAAUGGAAAUAUAAUGCUGCUAAACGCGCUCAAUACGCUCCAGUGUCGUCCCGCUUGCCAUUUCAAAAGAACACCAUAAAAAAAGAAACGGUAAGAACGCCACAUAUUACAAACCCUUAUGCUAUGAAUCCCUACUACCGAAAUUUGUACACUAAAAGAAUUUACGUAUACGAUCCUGCAUUAUCCAAACUUCAAACUCCAAAGUUUCAAUUAACAAACAAAAAUGUACUACCUGGUAAAAACAUUGCAAUGUAUAAAAAAGUAAUAGCUGCAAAAACAAGAGCUUUACAAAACAACAAGGCUUUAUCACCAUUGGUAAGAGAAAGGAUAUCUGGAAACAAGCUAAAUAUUGCAAAACAAGCACCAAAUAAUCUUUAUGCACAGAUACAAAUGAAGAAACAUGCAGCCAUGCUGAUGAAAUUGAAAAAUGAAGCUCUGAAAAUUGUCAGCAAAAAACAUAAAGUUCUACUUGGUCUUCCCCAGUCAAAUUACAUUAAUGCUCCACUGCCCUUCCAACGUUCCAGUUUAGCCAAUAACAUUCUCAAGGUCGUGCCAUUUGGUAAGAAUCCAAUGAACAACCAGCAAUUACCAUAUAUACGUCCGAGUUCACCUGUCAAUGCACGGUCUAAUGGUCCUGUUGCUGGGCCACGCCCUUAUCCACCUAUAUCUAACUCAAAAUCGGUAGUUCAACAAAACCCCUCUUUGCUAAGCCAAUCAAGUCUAGCUCAGCAACCUUUUACCCAAAUUAAAAAUCAACAAAUGUUUCAACCAAUCUCAAAUAACCGACCACACAUCCCCCUCUUAGGUCAACACCCUGUCCAGCCAUUACUUAAACAACAUGUCAAUUCUUCUAAAUUGAACCAAAAAUCAAAUCAACCAAAAUCUCCUGUUCAAUCAGGUCAUUUGUUGCAAUCACUCUUUGAUUAUCAACGAUCUGUAUUGCUGCGAAGACAAAACAUAUCAACAUCUCGACCCUACCAACGCUCACUGCAGCGACACAGAACCUACGCCAGAAAAGAUUCCAUACACUCAGCAAAGAAACUAAAUAUUGUUGAUGAAACAGAACCACCUAACAGAUUAAUGAAUGCCAGUUUUGUAUAUAAACCUGGAAAAUAUGCCAAGAAAAUGCACAGUAUUAAGAAGACAUACGUCCCUCAUGCAUCUAGUGGAUGGAGGAGACACCAUAUAUUUCACCAGACGUCGACAGGGGAUUCCAAGCCAGCGAAUCAUCACUGGGAAUAUAAGAAGUUUCAUGUGUACCAUAAGGUUAACCCUGAACAUUGGAUAGAUACAAAAAGAGAACAUUUGACACUACCUUAUGUUAGCGACGUCACUGACAGUUUGGAUGAAAUCAGUGAUGACAAUGGCUACAGUGAUGACGAUGUAGAUGAGGAUCCAGACAACUCAAAUUUUACUUCUAACAAUCAAAAUGAGGAUGAUGACGAUGAAAAUAAUGAUCUACCAUCUGUUAAUCCUUCAAGUCACAACAAAACACCUCUGCUCAAUAUUGAAACACCAAAUAUGAAUUUUGUUCCAAAAAGUAUCAAAAGUCAAUUGGAGCAUGCUAAACCAGAAGAAUAUGACAUUGAAAAAGAUGAUGUUGCUUCCUCAAGUACACAUGAACCAAUAGUGACCAGUUUUAAAUCAAACAAUAAAAUGAAAGACAACGAUUCUGUUCGAAAAUCAUUUUUAGGUGAAGGGGAGAUAUCACCUGAAUAUAUGCAUCCGGACAUGACUGAUGAAAACCAUAACAAAAAAGCUUUAAGUGAAGAAGAAAUCGAAGCUAUGAAAGAAGAUCAGGAUGCAAAUACCCUAAUCAAAAACCAAUCAGUGAAAGGAAAGGAUGAAGAACAGCCAGAAAUAUUAGGACUAGGUAAAAAUGGAAUGACAGCUGCAGACAAAGCAUCUAUAUCAGCUAAACUUGGUAAUGGCGAUGUUCCGGAUAGUUCCGUGGUUGGUAAGGAAGGCAUAGACACGGGAAGCAUGGACAUUUCUAAAGAAUUUAAAUCACAUCCUGAUGACUUAGAAGGAAAUAAUUUGGCUUCGAAAGCGGAAACGCAACAUGCUGUGAAUAAACAGAGAAUUUCUGAUGGAGAAAUUGAUUUUCAUCAUGUAAUUAAUGAAGAUAUGUUUGACAAACAUAACCAUAAAAUUGCGAACGAUUAUGAAUCAUAUAAUGCAGUCCCAGAAGGAACGCUCCACAGUGAUCGUUCUAAUGAAGAUAACAAUGACCAUGAUCAUAUGGUUGAUGCCAGAGGUGGAAACAACGUUGAAGAUACCAUUAGAAAACUAGAGGACAAUGAUAACAUAGAAUCUGAAAAAUUAGUUAAGAAAUUCACUUCUCACUCUCGAUACCAUUCUGAACAAGCCGGGGAUAAUGAAGAAGAUGACUAUCCAUCAGAUCAUUACAGAGGCUAUCAACAAGAUGAUAAUGUACCUGAAACUCAACACUACUUCCAACCAAAUGAUGAUGCCUCAGAUGAGCAUGUUUCUAGACAUACUGAAGACAAUGAAGACGUUUUAGAUCCUAUUAAAGCUGGAGAAAGGGGUAUACAUUUAAGUGAAGAAGCUGAAAUGUCUAAAAAACUUAACAGAGAUAAUGCUGCUGAAUUAGAAAAAUUAUUCAUGAAGAAUUCCCAUGCGUCAUCAGAGAAGAAUGAUUUCGGCACUUCUUACUUAGAGAAGACGCACUCGCCUAUACAGAGUUCAAAUCCCGUAAAUACUUUAACUCCAGAAGAUGCGUUACAUGCUUUAGAUGGCAAAAAGCCCCUGUUGAAUAUGUUGUCAAAAAAUAACAAUGUUGCUGAAGAACAGAGUAACCAGGGACCUCCUGAAGCUGUUAAGAAUGCUAUAGUAUCUCCAGGUGCAUCUGAUAAAAUUCUGGAAAAUAAAACAAAAUACGUUGAAUCUCCUAAAGGAGAAGAAGGUCUUAAAGCAAACACUUCCAACAUUGCAAUAAGUAAUAUGGAGAAUGCGACUGUUGCUAAAGAAGUUGUUAGCAUUCUCGAAAGUUUAGGACAAGUUAAAACAUCAUUUGAUGGUGUUGAAAAACCGAUCUUGGUAACGGAAAAUAAUCAAACACAGGCUAGUGCUGAUAGUAAUGAACAAAAUGUUACAUCAAACAUAAAUCAGGAUUCGCAGACGACCACACUAAACCAACAGAGUUUAUCACAAGCAAAUUCAACAAACAAUGAAGUAUUAAAUUCCACUGCUGAACAUAAGUCAAACAUAACAUCAGAAAACCAAGAGGAAAAAGAAACGAAAGAAGCUGUACAUGAUUUAAGGAUUGCCAUUGGCAUUCUUGAAAAGAAAUUAGAAUUAAUAACUAAUGCGAAGAAAAAUGGAGAAAACAAAGAGAUUUACAUCGUUGAUCAAACGCGCACAUCAAAACCAAUAACCAAAAGUAAAAUAUAUAGAAGAGUUAAAAAAGAAAAAGAAAGAAAUGCUGCAUCUAAAAAUAAAUCUUCAUCAAACGUUCGAAAGAGUCAUCGAAGGAAACAUCAUAGAGUAUCGCGCAGGCAUAGAAUAUCAGAGAAUCGUCAUUACGCUUUUCAUGUAGGUGAUGACAAUUCAAAUUUAAACACAUACAAUGACGGUUACCAUAAAAAUAGAUCUCUAAUGACAAACGGUAGACGUAAGAGAAAAAUGAAAUUUAAGAGAAAAAGAAGGAGAAGAAGGAGACAUAGACAUCAUAAAUAUUCUAAUUGAAUCUGAAAUGCUCGAACCUUUUUAGUAUUUGUAGUUCUGUUUAGUUUAGUUAAUAUAUUUGGUGUCACUCUUG